AAGAAGACCUUGGGUUAAGAGAAAUAAUAAUACAUCAUUCUCCAACAUGACUGCCUUCUAUAGGAACCAAGGCUAUGAAGAAGAUCCCAAUUACCCAGACUUCUCUAGGGUAAAUCUGGACUCCCAGAAUAGUCCAGACUAUCCAUAUUCCAGAAAGAAUUCCAGCAAUUUGAAAUCCAAAAACAAUGCAAAGUAUUCAAGCACUCACAAUUAUCUUGACUAUCCUGAUGCUUUGAACCAUCCAGAUUAUGCUGGAACUGAGGACUAUUUAGACAAUCUAGGCUUCAGGAAUCAUCAAGAAUAUCCAGGUUCCCAUAUAAAUCCAGCUUUUUCAAGAUCCCAGAGGAAUCCUGACUACCCAGGCCCUGGGAACAGUUCCCACCAUUCGAGGACCAGAUACAACCCAGACUUGGGCUUCCCGGUGAUCCCCGACUAUCCUGAGACUGAGAACUCAGACUCCAGAGACAGUCCAGAUGAUCCAGAUCCUAGGAAUAAUGCUUACAGAUCAAGUUCCAAGAACUAUCAUAUGGGUGCCAAAGACUAUUUGAGCUCCAGGAACAAUUUGCACUCUUUAAAAACCAGAAACAAUCAGAGCUAUCCAGGCUCUCUGGAAAUUCCAGACUAUCCAGGUGCUGAAGACAACCUGAGUGCUCCAGAUAAUUGGAGGGGUACAUAUAACCAAGUUACUCAGGACAAUCAUGGCAACUCCUAUGCAGACAAUCCAGAAAUGGGCAGAGGGUUGCGCAAUAGAGCCCUUCAGAGUUACCCUACCUUCCAUCAGACCUCAAGAUCUCCUGAAAGAAGGAAUCGAGAUUACCCAGAAUCUUUCCAAAUGACCUCAAGGCAGCCUUCAUCUCUAUACACUGAGCGUCCUGUGCCAUAUUCUGAUGACAGUGGAUAUAGAAACCAAGCCUAUGAGGAUGAAAGCAGUCUAGAUGGAGAUCAUGAAAAAUUGGGAAGAAAUGUUAAUUCUUUGGGAUGGAGGACCUGCCAUGAAGAUGCCAGAAAAUCAUAUUAUUCUAUUUUUGUGAAUGUUGCAGACAAAACUAGACAUGAGGAAAAGUUGAUUGCAUCUCUUAUAAACUUAACACCUAGUGAAGGAAUCAAAAUCAUCCGGAAUCAGCCAUUGACUAUGCAAGAAAAGAGGAAAAUUAGGAAAAAAGUUAAUAUGGAGAAACGGAAAUCUGACAGUACAGUUCCCUUAAAUUGUUGUACCCAGUGCAUAAAUGCAAUGUCACUGCAUUUUCGGCAUUUUCAAAACAUUAUGUCAGAAUUUUUCCAGUCACUACAUGUAUGGCAGAGGACUCUUAAGAUCAUUGGCAGCAAAUUUGGAACAAGUGUACUUUCAUACUUCAAUUUCCUAACGUGGCUCCUCAAGUUUAACAUUUUCUCAUUUUUAGUGAACUUUAGCUUCAUCAUCAUCCCUCAACUUACAGAGUCAAAGCCUAACAAUCUUUCUUUCACCGGUCUGGAGCUUCUCACUGGAAGAGGUUAUUUCCAACAAACAGUAUUGUACUAUGGCUUUUAUACCAAUUCAACAUUCAAGAACAAAGUACUCAACACCUCUUAUAACAUGCAACUGGCAUAUAUUUUCACGAUUGGACUGUACUUGGUCAUCUGCUUCUUUUCCUUACUCUAUAGCAUGGCCUGUUCUUUCCGGAAUAACUUCAUCAAUCCCCACAUCUACUCCAGAGGGACUGCCAAGCUUGUCUUUUCCUGGGACUUUACCAUCACCCAUGAGAAAGCCGUGAAGCUAAAGCAAAGAAACCUUACCACUGAACUCAAGGAGAAUCUGUCAGAAAUCCGGCAUGAGAAUGUGAUUGCACCUCUCAAGCAGAGAUUGUCUCAUCUUGCAAUCCACCUGGCAGCCUGGAUGGUUUCCACAGGAGUGGCUAUUGCCAGCUGCGCAGCUGUUUAUUGGCUGGCUUUUCACAACAUGAAGUUUGUGAAACAACACAAAAAUGAGGCAGCCACUUUAUUGUUACCUUUCGUGGUGUGUUGCAUCAAUCUCUUUGUACCACUAUUUUACUCCUCUUUUGGGUUGGUGGAAAAGUUUGAAAUUCCUCGACAUCAAAUCUUAGUUAUCAUUACCAGGAAUAUCUUUCUGAAAAUAUCUAUCAUUGGGAUUCUUUGUUAUUAUUGGCUCAAUUCUGUGGCAGUAUCUCAUGAAGAGUGCUGGGAAACACUUAUUGGCCAGGAUAUCUACCGACUCCUUAUAAUGAAUUUUUUAUUCAGUUUAUUUGACUCCAUUUUUGGGGAGUUUUUGAGAAGAAUCAUUGGGACUACAUUAAUUAAAAGCCUUGGGGUGCCCGAGUUUGACAUUGCCAGGAAUGUUUUGGAGCUAAUCUAUACACAGACCCUCCUAUGGAUUGGAAUCUUCUUCUCUCCUCUGUUGCCCCUCAUCCAUAUGAUCACACUUUUCAUCAUGUUUUAUAUGAAAAGAGUCAGUUUAUUGAUGAACUGUCAGCCUCCAAGCAAAGCCUGGCGUGCCUCUCAUAUGAUGACUCUGUUUAUAUUCCUACUGUUUUUCCCCUCUUUUACUGGGGUAUUAUGUGUCCUGGCCAUCACUGUUUGGAGGUUGAAGCCUUCAGCUCAUUGUGGUCCUUUCCAAGGUCUACCUUCCAUCAUCCAUGCAAUCUAUGGAUGGAUUGAGAUACUUAGCAACAGACCUAGCUACUUAUGGGUAGUGUGGAUUUAUCGGAAUCUCAUCGGGAGUGUGCAUUUCUUCUUCAUCCUCACCCUCAUUGUCUUGAUUAUCACAUAUCUUUACUGGCAGAUAAUUGAAGGAAGGAAGAUCAUGAUCAAACUCCUACAUGAACAGAUCAUCAAUGAGGGAAAAGACAAGAUGUUUCUUGUGGAGAAGCUUUUAAAACUCCAGGAAUCCCAGAAAAAACCAACAACUUAUAUACUGACUCAAGAAAGGAGAGAACAGGAGGAGUCUAGGAACAGCAUGGAUGUGUCAAGAAGAAGCGUAAAUUCUCUCAGGAGGGAAUCUGGGACAGGCCUGGAUAGGUCAUCAGCAGAUCUGACAAACAGAAGCAGAAUUUCUCUUAGGAGAGAUCCAGGGAUAGAUGUUGAUUGGCCAGAAGACACUCCAGACAGAAGCCACGUUUCUGCUACGAAUCAGAAUUCUGUGUUUAUGGAAGAAAAUUACUUCAACCAUGAUUCAAGAGAACACACUGCAAUAACAGAUGAAGAUCCUUCUGAAGCCCUAAGACUUGCCAUGAUGGCUAGACGACAGUCAGAAAUGGAGAGAUGAGGGAAGUAUAAAAAUGUUUACAAUUCACACCUUCAGCUUCCCACCAGAAGAAGGAUAUUAAACAUUUACUGGAAGUAUACAUUUUGGAAAAUUGGGACUGUCAGGAUUGCAAAUACCAAAGUAUUGGAAAGUUCUAUGCAAUUUCUUUUGACUCUGUCCACUUUGAAUUGAGCCAAAGCAUGUUUUAGUUGUCUAAUAAAGGUUAUUGUCAUGUUUAAACUUA